CCACGUCAAACUGUCAAAGUUACAAAGCUGUCAAAGGUUCUUAAUCAGUUUUUUGCCACGCUACUUCAUCACAAACAGACCCCAAGUUUUUCUGAUUAUUUCUUUAUACAUCGAUGUUUAAUUAAUCCCCAAAUUUGAGUGAGGUUUAAUAAUACUUGUGAACCAUUGAGAGGAAAAAUGUGUAUUGACGUGUCUCGUUGACGUAAUAUUAACGAUUACAUUUACUAUCAAGUCCCAGUGAAAUGUCCACGUAUGACUUGUGCUCGGUCUUUAAAAAAGCGGAUAUUUGUGUGUUAGGAACCUCUUCAACAAGAUACGUUUUUCGUUGCUAACGACAUAACCUUCAAAUCGAAAAAAGGUGUUUUUGUGUUUUAUUAUGAAGAUUUAGGGAGUGCAAAGUGUUGAAAGAUGACAAAAAACCAUCGCCUGGGAGUUCUUCUCCUGCUUUUUUCUCUACUCGUUUUGGUGAAUGCGGAAAACGAGGAUGGUUUGAAAAAAGGCGGAGAUAUUUCACAGAAGACUAAAUCUGAAGAUGAAUCUGACGAAGAGCAGGUGGAGGUUGAAGAAUUGGAAAAUGCCUUCGAGCAGUUACGUGAAUUGAAAGCCUUGAGGGACACGAUAUUGAAAUUGGAGCCAUUUUUGGGAGAAAAAUUGCCGAAGCAGCCGAAAGGCGACGAGGAAGAGAAUAAUAAAGAAAUUUCGGAAGCGGAAGGGACUCAGGAGUCGCCAGCCAGGAUGGACUGGACCCAGGAUCCAGCGCUGAGAAAUGCUUGGAUGAAAGCUAUGAUCGCUCAGGCGAAAGAUUCGGAUUCGCUCGAGUCGGAGUCGAGAUUGGGCGAGGAUAACGAUUACGAGGGUUGGAAUGGCGAGGAGGAGCAGCUCGAGGAACAAGUUCAAGAACCACUCACUCCAGAGCAGCAAGAAGCCGAAGAUCUCUUUAAAAAUGCAAAAACUCUACUGAAUGCAACCAGAGCAAAUAAAUCAGAAGCUUACAAGCUUUUAACAGCAGCAGCAACUUUGGGACACAGAGAAGCUCGAUCGAUGUUAGCUUGGGCCCAAUUACUUGGCACGCAAAUCAAUUCUUCUCCAGGUCGAUCAUCUAGUCAAGAUAUUCCUGCAGCUCUUCAAAUUUUUAAAGAACUCAGCGAAACGGGAUUACCAUCUGCCCAUAUGGGAAUGGGAUUCUUGUAUGCAACGGGACUCGGAGGCGUGAACGCUUCUCAAGGAAAAACUCUGCUUCACUACACAGUCGCCGCCCUCGGAGGAGACACCCGGGCCCAAAUGGCUCUCGGUUAUAGACACUGGGCUGGGAUAACCACUCCGGCUUCCUGCGAGAGAGCCCUCGACUUUUAUCGAAAAGUGGCGAACAAAGUGGCGGAGGAAGUGUCCCUGAGUGGCGGUCCAGUCGUUCAACGAGUGAGGCUUCUUGAUGAGCACGAGAAUCCAGGAUACAGUUCUGGAAUUUUGGAUCAAGACUUGAUUGAGUACUAUCAACUGCUGGCUGACAAGGGAGAUAUCCAGGCGCAAGUUGGCUUGGGCCAACUUCACUAUCAGGGAGGACGAGGUGUGCCACUUGAUCACCAGAGGGCACUUCAUUAUUUCCAGCAUGCUGCGGAUGCGGGCAAUCCAGUUGCGAUGGCAUUCUUGGGAAAGAUAUAUUUAGAAGGCAGUGAUAUCGUGAAACAGGACAAUGAAACGGCCUACAAGUACUUUAAAAAAGCUGCCGAGUUGGGAAAUCCGGUGGGUCAGAGUGGACUGGGAUUGAUGUAUUUGUACGGUAGAGGAGUGGACAGAGACACGUCGAAAGCUCUCCAGUAUUUCAGCCAAGCUGCUGAUCAAGGAUGGGUCGAUGGACAACUGCAGUUGGGCAAUAUGUACUUCAGUGGCACUGGAGUGAGACGUGACUAUAAACUGGCAAACAAGUAUUUUAAUCUCGCGAGUCAGUCGGGCCACGUGCUGGCGUUUUACAAUCUCGCGCAGAUGCACGCUACCGGAACUGGAAUGAUGAGAAGUUGUCCGGCGGCAGUAGAGUUGCUGAAGAAUGUCGCCGAGCGAGGAAAGUGGAGCGAUCAGCUGAUGGCAGCUCACACGGAUUAUCGAGAGGGCCGAAUUGACGAGGCAUUUGUCACCUAUGCGCUCCUGGCUGAGAUGGGCUACGAGGUCGCGCAGAGCAACGCUGCCUUUAUUCUUGACAGAGGAGAGACCUCGAUUCUCACCGAAGAGGAGGGACUCGUUCGGGCUCUCCAGCUCUGGGCUCGAGCCGCUGCUCAAGGAUAUUCAGCUGCUCAGGUAAAACUAGGGGACGCGCACUAUUAUGGGAGAGGUACUCGCGUCGACUACGAAGCAGCAGCGAGUCACUAUCGCUCGGCUUCUGAGCAGCAGCACAAUGCCCAGGCGAUGUUUAACUUGGGCUACAUGCAUGAGCGAGGCCUGGGCCUCGCUCAGGAUCGUCACCUGGCGAAGAGGUGCUACGACCUCGCGGCAGAAGCGAGUCCGGACGCCCGGAUCCCCGUCACUCUCGCCCUGAUGAAGCUCUUCCUGCUCUUCGGUCUGGAUUACCUCCAGGAAUUGAGCCUUGUCGAUCACUUGUUCAAGUGGAGCCAGGUGUUUGGACAAAACUGGGACCUCUACCUUAUUGGACUCCUCACCGGAAUGCUCAGCCUCGUGAUUUACUUCCGCAGACCUCAGCCACCUGCUCAAAGGCCAGCAGUUCCAGCGGCUGAUUAAAUUAUUAUCUGAUAUUCUCACCAUUAUCUGAUAUUCUGGUUAUUAUCUGAUUAUUCCCGGGAGAAAGAGAGAAAGUGGAUGAGAACAGAUUUCGAGCUAGGAUCUUGGAUUUAUCAAUGCAGUGGAGAAGGUUUGAUUAUUUUUGAGUGAUUGAUAAGUGUGGUUAAUUUGAUAUAGUUAGCGAUGAGAGGCUGCAAAGUGUUAUUGUAAUAUAUUCGUUAUAAUAAUAAAUUUUGAAUGUUUGUUAAGAAUGUUUCA